UUUAAUACCACGCCCCCAAGUCCCACGUGCUUUGUUUUGACAGAAGCCGACUAUUUUGUGAAGAGUUCUGCUCACGGUUCGUGAAAUAAUUGCACAAUGAUCGGAAAUCUGUCCAACUGCAAUUCGAUCCUCAUAACAGGAGCAAGCCGAGGAUUAGGUUUGCAGAUGGUAAAGGAUUUAGUGAAACGGACGGAGAGGCCGAAGAAAAUCAUAGCGACUGCCAGGAACCCAGCCGCUGCAAAUGAGCUACAAGAAAUCACGAGAUCAUUCCCAGGAGUACACGUUGUCACUUUGGAUGUUGUGAGUGAACCAAGCAUCCAGUCUGCAUCUAAAGAAGUAGCCGCCAUUGUGGGACCUGAUGGAUUGAACUGUUUGAUAAACAAUGCUGCCAUCAACAUCUCCACUGACCUCAACACUGUUACUGGCGAGGCAAUGAUGAAAACAUAUGGGAGCAAUGUGGUGGCCCCUCUCCUAGUCACCAAGGCCUUCUUACCACAAUUGCGAACAGCUGCUACUGCACAAAACAACGUUGGAAUGGGUGUGAACAGAGCGGCUGUCAUCAAUGUGUCCUCCGUCUUGGGGUCUAUUCAGCUGAACUGGGGAGAUGGAGCACAGUUUAAAAGCUACGCUUACAGGGCCUCCAAGUCUGCAUUAAAUAUGGUAACGAGAUGCCUGGCAACCGAUCUGGAAGCGGAGGGCAUCCUGUGCUUAGCGUUACACCCCGGAUGGGUGCGGACAGACAUGGGUGGCCCAAUGGCACCUCUCAGUGCAGAGGAGAGCAUAUCUGCAGUCCUAUCGGUCAUUUCCUCAGUGACAGAAAAGGAUCAUGGGGGGUUCCUUGACUACACAGGAAACACGUUACCAUGGUGAAUGUCCACUGAAAAUGUCUUGACGGAAGUAUCUGUUUCAUCGGAAAUAUUGGUGCCUAUGGAUUCAUAAAUGUUACAUUUUUUCAAGGAUGUGCUGUGGAAUACAGCCAUAAGCUGUUACAAUGGUAGUCUAAACAUGCCUGCAAGACCUCCGUUGACCAACAAAACAGGCAUAGUGCUACUACGACUGUUGAAAUACUAUAUGUCUCUACAUGAUGUGAACGCUAUUUUUAUAUUCAUCAUCUCAAUUUUUUGUAGAGACAAGUUCAAGCAAUUUAGCAGUAGUUAGCACUACUAGUUAGGUUGCUUUAAGAGAUAAUGCACUCAAACCUAUCAAUGUGUAUAUUAAUUAACUUUCACAAUUUGGGUUUAGGUGUUACACAACAUCAUAGCCCAUGUCUUGCGCUCUGUAUUGCUUUUUUUUUGUCCAUUAAAUGAUAACUUAAACGAUGUUA